AGAAUAAAGACUAAACAAAUGACAAUAGUCGAUCUGCAAUUAAAAUUUUAGGUUAUUUUGUUGUGAUUUAAAAUAUUUGAUACAUACAACAAUGCCCUUGCCUCCAGCCAGCGGCACCGGACGCUAUUUUGCUAGAGCUGCAAAAUCCAUUCGACUUAUACGGCAAGGAUGCACUAAUAGACCGUUUUUUCACAUAUCGGUAACUCACAGGAGAAGACUAAACAGUCAACCAGUUAUAGAGCAGCUGGGCUCCUAUGACCCAAUGCCAAACAUCAACAAUGAGAAACUGGUGGCAUUGAACCUGGAGAGAAUAAAGUACUGGCUUGGGCAAGGAGCUCAUGUAACUAACCCUGUUGGGGAGCUCUUAGGUUUAGCCGGUUUCUUCCCAAUCCACCCUCGCUCGUACAUGACAGCCUGGAGGAAUAGAAAAACAUCAAGGGAAAACCAGGCCAAAGCCGAACAACAACCAAUGGAGAGUAAAGCAUAAGUUUAGUUCAUAAUUUAUUGUUAGAUUUUUAGGAAAUAAAUAUUAAAUAUUUGUAGGUAUAAUAUAAAA